AUGGUUCGACAGGAAGAGAUAACCAAAACUCCCAGAAGAGGACCUAUCUCUAAGCCGACAUGGAAGCUGCCCAGGCUUUCCGAAGUCAUCACCUAUGGCCCCAGCGACCCCAUCCCUGCUGCCUCCAGCAACCACGAAACCCUUAUGAUCGAGGUCCUUACCAAUAAUUACAUAGUCAAAAAGACUGUCCUUGUAAGAUUUGCCAUGGUCACAGCUGACUUCCAAUAUAACAUGUUGAUCGGCCGACCCAUACUCAAUGCCUUGAGGGCCGUAUACUCCGCCUACCACCUGAGUUUCAAGUUCCCCAUACCCGCUGGAGUGGCCGAGGGGAGCAACGAUGUCAGUGAGGCCAGAGAGUGCUAUCUCGCCACCAUACAGGCCGCAAUCACCCUGCGACCUGAGUCAAAGGCCGAGGGGAAGAGGCCGGAUGUCCUCUCCAUAGACUGUAUCAACCACCAAGAUGCCGAAAAACCUGGCAGGCUGGACGCCGUGGACGAGAUGGAAGAAAUAGUUCUCGACGAGGACACCGAUGGAUGGAGAAUGUGUGUGGAUUUCACCGACCUUAAUAAGGCUUGCCCCAAAGAUUGCUACCCGCUGCCGAGAAGAGACGCUCUCGUCGACUCGGUUAUGGGGCAUGAGUUCCUCUGUUUCCUAGAUGCCUUCAAGGGGUACCAUCAAAUAGGAAUGAGUGAGGAAAAUCAGAAGAAGACGGCGUUCUACACCGACCAAGAUGUCUACUGUUACACCACAAUGACCUUCGAGCUAAAGAACGCCGCGUCGACCUAUCAAAGGCUUGUCAACUGUCUUUUCAAGGACCAGAUUGGUCGCAAUGUGGAGGCCACGUGGAUGACAUCCUCCUAA